CUGAGAAAUAGAUUUGACAGCCACGGCAGAUACAGAUAAAGCCUGUUAAAGCAGAUAGAUAUAAAGAUGAGGUUGUCGUGCACAAAAAUGAUACUACUCUACAUAUAGUUGUUGUCUUUGUCCUUUUUCUUCUCGCCAACUCUUGUCCACGCUCUACCUAAUUUUUGUUUGGAUUCUUUCUUUAAAGUUUGGCUGAAGCUUUUUGGGUUUUCAUUCAUCAGCAAAAUGGUGGUGACAAGAUGGGUAGACCUGAGAUCUGACACAGUAACUAAACCAACCGAAGCGAUGCGCGCUGCAAUGGCCAAGGCUGAAGUUGAUGAUGAUGUAUUGGGUUUUGAUCCCACGGCACUUAAACUUGAAAAAGAGAUGGCCAAGAUCACGGGAAAGGAAGCUGCAUUAUUUGUCCCUUCAGGCACUAUGGGUAAUCUCAUCAGUGUCCUCACUCAUUGUGAUGUUAGGGGUAGUGAGGUGAUUCUUGGUCAUAAUUCUCAUAUCCACAUAUACGAAAAUGGUGGAAUUUCAACUAUUGGGGGUGUUCAUCCAAGGACUGUACUUAAUAAUAAAGAUGGAACGAUGGAUAUUAAUCUGAUUGAAGCCGCCAUUAGAGAUCCGGCUUUUGAGAUUUGUUAUCCAACUACCAAGCUUAUCUGCUUGGAAAAUUCACAUUGCAAUGCUGGUGGUAGAUGCAUUUCCGUGGACUACAUAGAUAAGGUUGGAGAGCUAGCCAAAAAGCAUGGGUUAAAACUUCAUAUUGAUGGGGCACGUAUCUUUAAUGCAUCGACGGCUCUUGGGAUUCCUGUUGAUAGGCUUGUACAGGCUGCUGAUUCAGUUUCGAUUUGUCUUUCAAAAGGUCUUGGUGCUCCAGUUGGGUCUGUUAUUGUUGGAUCUAAGAGCUUCAUUGCAAAGGCAAAGAUUCUGAGGAAGACCUUGGGAGGUGGAAUGAGACAGAUCGGUGUCCUAUGUGCUGCUGCUUUGGUAGCAUUGCAAGAUAAUGUUGGGAAGCUUGAAGAUGAUCACAAAAAGGCUAAAACUUUGGCAGAGGGACUAGAUAGGAUUAAUGGACUUAAGCUGGAUGUUGCUGCUGUGGAGACUAACAUCGUAUACUUGGACAUUUUAGAGAGCUCAAAUCUAAAUGCACCAAAACUAUGCAAGGCCCUGGAAAGACAUGGUAUACUUGUUAUGGAAGAUAAACCCUACAGGGUUAGAUUUGCUCUCCACCAUCAAAUUUCAGCGGCUGAUGUACAGUUCACGCUUUCAUGCAUUCAGCAAGUUGUUAAUGAAGCUUCAGAUGAAAAUGGUGCCUCUCCUUAGAACAUCCGUAUCCAUGAGUAUACAUAAAUGAUCAUAUCCAUGAAUAUGAAUAUAUGAUCUCAUUUCUUGUCGAUAGGUUGGAACAUUUCUCUAUGAGAUAUGUAGCUUUCGGUUGUCCCAUAUACUUCUAUGUGAUGUUACAAUAAUAGACUCAGUGAUCUCUAAAAUAAAUCUUCACCGUCAGGGAGGUUCUAUUUUC